AUGCUGGCAGACGAGCCCUUCUUCCUGGUGCUGGAGGAAGAUGGCACAACCGUAGAGACAGAACGUCUUUCCUUCCAAGCUCUGGCAGGCGAUACAGUGUUCCUGGUCCUCCAGAAGGGGCAGAAAUGGGAGCCCCUAUCAGAACAGGGGAUGAGGCAUCCACUGUUUCUCCCCCAUAAGCCUGCCAAGAAGAUGGAUGUGGCCCGCAUAACCUUUGACCUGAACAAGCUGAGCCCACAGGACUUCAUCAGCUGCCUGAACGUGAAGGUGACUUUCUAUGAUGUAUACUCCCUUUCCUAUGAUCUACACUGCAUGAGGCUGAGUGCAUGCUGGCAUGUGAAAAACAGGUCCGUCUCCGCCGUCACGACGGCCAGAGCUUAUACCCGCCAAGAUGCCUGCGGCCCCCACCCUCCAAUUUCCUCCGGCCAACUCAUUUGGCUGCGCAAGCGCAGUGGGGCCGGCGGGAAAGCGUAG